AUGACAGUAAAUCUUUUACGAUUUAAGGCUUUGAUCACUGGUGCCACAAUUUGUAGCAACAUUCUUUUUAUUGGGCAGAAGUUUAGUAGAAUAACAGCGAUGUUUUAUCGGAUUGGUGGUUACCGAGCCAAUUUCCAGAAGCGCAGGCCACUCCUUCAACCAAAAAAGGAGCGCUUCGAUGGGUUUUCAAUGUAG